AUGCUCUUCGACGACAACAUCGAGGUCUUCCAAGGCGUUUGGACAGACUGGGAAAAUGGAGGUGCUAAGAUUUUAACCGCGUCACCACGGAACUCACAGCUUCUCGCGUCUUUUCUUUCACUCUUCAUUACAUUUACUGGCACACGUCUGUGGCAUCUCGUGGCUUUUUGCUUGCAUCAGUUCAGAGAUGAUAACGGCUCAAAGGACGGGCUUCAUCAUCAGCGACAGGUCAUCCUACGGAACAGCGCCAACGCGACCGGCACAGUAUGGCCACUAAUUCAACAGGCUUGGGCUUGGCGCGGCCUGGCGCGGAAGAAUUUGCAGCGUUCUUUGGCGUGGAUAUUUCUGGUAUUGGGAUACGCUAUCAGCUCAGGCGUCAUUGCAGUCUUCACCGCAUCCGAGAUUGCCUUGAACGGCGAGACGAGGCGACUUAUCCGACCGCCCUCUGAUCAUGGAGCCUUCGAUAGCAGUAACUGCGGUUUUCUCACCACGAGAGACGGCUACACCAACGAUGAAGAUGCACUGAUUGUAAAACUCUACGAUAUCAACCAGGCUGCCACGUAUGCCCGCGAGUGUUAUAAUGGCACCAGUCGUGGAAUUGAGGUCAAUUGCAAGCUCUUUACGCAACCAUCGAUUCCUUGGAAGAGCAGGACAAAUGCGCCCUGCCCCUUCGAUGCCGAGGUUUGUAGGCCAAAUGUCUCUGCCUUCGAAGCGGAUACGGGCUUGAUCAAUGCGAGGUCAUAUUUCGGAAUCAAUGGUCCCGAUUCGGAUAUUCUUCAAUAUCGCAAGCUGGUCACUUGCACUCCCUUGGCCGUCGACGAUCGCUAUGUCACCACCAUUCGUGGUCCCUCACCAACCUGCGUUUUGGGCAAGCCUCUGUCAAGUUAUAAGCACACUGACCUUAGAAGUUCGGACACUCUAUUUUCGUAUCACUACGGGCGGUACGGGCCGGAAAUGGAAGCAGAAAACAAUGUGACAGCUCAGCAAAUCAGGAGAGAUUUUAACUUGGGUUUCAACAAAACAACUGUUCCAGCUGUUCGAAUGAUGGGAGAUGGAGUACCCUAUCACGUUGAGACGAGAUACUCCAUUGCAAGCCGGGGUUCGGAUCGGGGUUGGAACCCAAUCAAGGAGCUCAGCAGAACAGACGCAGACCUGUCUCUGAUCCUCAUCGCUCCAAAUGACAUGCACUCAUUCGAUGACAUUGACGACCCAGUAUUCGCAGCUCAUGCCAGAGGGUCAAUCUGGCCGGUAGGCUCCGGAAGGACGCGCUUUGAUAACCCAUUGAGCCCGAUCGGCUGUACCACGCAGUUUCAAAUGUGCAACCCUGUGAACACACGCUGCACCAACUUGUCCUCCAUCAUCGAUCUAUUUCCAAUCCAUCCUGAAAGUCCCAUAGACUACGACCUCGAUGUGCCGGCUGAGUGGGCCAUCGCUCUUGACCUGAAUAAACGCCAACGCAGUGUUGCCAUGCGGCUAUUCCGCGCCUCGUCCAUCUUGGACGACGCGGUCCAAGGACGCGGUCAGAUGGCUCUCCUGGCGAGCCAGUUUGCCUUUGGAACGUACCAGACUCCGCUUUCGAAGAAUCACUGGCACAAUGAAGUUUCGUCCUGGUUUAAUGUGACCCUGGCGUUGGAACAGCUCCGCAUGCAAGAGUUUGCAAUCCCGCGUCGAGAGCGUUACAUGACGGCGGCGCAUAAGCAAAUGCGAGAGCUACCGCCUGGAACCGCGUGGAUGUGUAAGACGCAGAUGACGUCUAUAUCUAACGGGACUGUCAAUUUUCGUCACCGUGGGCUGCUGGCGGUGCUGGUUGUUGGUUCAGUUAUUAUUCUAGUGAGCUUUGUUCAUGAGGAUACAGUCUGGUGGGUACGACGACGUCUCCAGCUCGGUACGAACCACCUUCAUUCGCGCCAUCUAUGGAUUCACGAUGGAUUACUUCAGCUUCAGCGGAUGGCUUUACAGAGGUCUUUAAAUGGCAGCUGGUCGUCUAAGGAGGAGUAUGUGCCUGUAACUGCGAAGGGCGAGCUUUUCCAUCGGUAUGGCGAUAGCGACUUGGAGACACCUCUUAUUACGACACAGGCAGAUAAUGCAUAA